AAUGCUGAAGAAACAAGUCCAUCACCCGUGACCCACCAGGAGAACGACACGGGCACCGUCUUCGAGGUGGCGCUCCACAACGUCUCCUCCGAGCGCAACCCCCAGUUUGAGGGCGUGGAGCUUCUGCAGUCCUUCAGGCUGCUCAUCAUCCCCUGCUACGCCCUGGUGGCCCUGGUGGGCGUCUUCGGCAACUACCUGCUCCUGUACGUCAUCUGCCGCACCCGCAAGAUGCACAACGUCACCAACUUUUUCAUCGGGAACUUGGCCUUCUCCGACAUGCUGAUGUGCGCCACGUGCGUCCCCUUCACCCUGGCCUACGCGUUCAACCCCCGCGGGUGGGUGUUCGGCCGCUUCAUGUGCUACCUGGUGUACCUCAUCCAGCCGGUGACGGUCUACGUGUCCGUCUUCACCCUCACCGCCAUCGGGGUGGACAGGUACUACGCCACAGUGCAUCCGCUGAAAAAGCGCAUCUCCAUCCUGGCAUGCACCUACCUGCUGUCCGCCAUCUGGCUGCUGUCCUGCGCCCUGGUGGCUCCAGCAGUGGCUCACACCUACCACGUGGAGUUCCAAAACGAGGGCUUCACCAUCUGCGAGGAGUUCUGGAUGGGCCAGGAGAGCGAGCGUCUGGCGUACGCGUACAGCACGCUCUUCAUCACCUACGUGCUGCCUCUGUCUGCGCUCUGCAUCUCCUACCUUUGCAUAUCUGUCAAACUGAGGAACUGCGUGGUGCCAGGCUACCACACCCAGAGCCAGGCCGAGGCGCAGCGCGCGCGCAAACGCAAGACCUUCCGCCUGGUGAGCCUGGUGGUGGCCGCUUUCGGCAUCUGCUGGAUGCCCAUCAGCGUGUUCAACGUGCUGCGUGACAUUGACAUCGACCUUAUUGAUAAGCGCUACUUCCUGCUCAUCCAGCUGCUGUGUCACCUGUGCGCCAUGAGCUCGUCCUGCUGCAACCCCUUCCUGUACGCCUGGCUCCACGACCGCUUUCGCGCCGAGCUUCGCAAAAAGAUCGCGCUCCGCCGUCGUGUUGGCGUCGCCGCCAACAACGGCGCCACCGCCAGCGUGGUGCUGUGAAGGACUCUUAGCGCGCACAUAAGGUUUGUAAUCACACUUGAAGGAGGAUCACAGUGGGCCUCGAUUUAGGAAAUGUAUUGGUUCUUCAACGCAGUUGGCAAACAGAAUAGUUUGUAUAGUGAAACAAUCUAAACAUAAUCCAGGGCUGUCAACAUUUUAGCUCAGGGGCCGCAUGGAGGAACAUCUAUUGCCACCUGGAUAAACCAUGGCAUUAAAACUUAAAAAUAAAGACAACUUCAGAUUGUUUUCUUUGUCCUACUUUGGCCAAAAAUGGAACAAGUGCAUUCUGAAAAUGUACAUUGUGUACAAUAAAUAACCCUCUUGGCAAAACACUUCAAGUUACCGUAUUUUUCGGAGUAUAAGUCGCACCGGAGUAUAAGUCGCACCGGCCGAAAAUGCAUAAUAAAGAAGGAAAAAAAAACAUACAUAAGUCGCAUUUUUUGGGGAAAUUUAUUUGAUAAAACCCAACACCAAGAAUAGACAUUUGAAAGGCAAUUUAAAAUAAAUAAAGAAUAGUGAACAACAGGCUGAAUAAGUGUACGUUAUAUGAGGCAUAAAUAACCA